AUGGCGGGCCGCAGAACCGGGGGGACCACUCCGGACGGCUCGCAGGCAGGAGACACAAAUAGCAGCGAGCAGAUCGACAGCAUGCGGUCUGAGAUCAGUUCGCUGACACAGCAAAUGGGCCAGCUGAUGCAGCUGGUCGGAGGACUUGCUGCACGUAUAGAGGAGAAGUCCGGCGGUGCCACGGAGGGCGCCGCUGAAAGCGGCGGCGCCGUGGAGAGCGUCGCCACAAGCACGACAGGUCAUUUUGGGACCAUGCAUCGCGACGGGAGCGCCUCGCGGUGGAACAAAGUCUACGGUCUCCGGCGGAAGUCCGACGCGCUGGCGACAACGAAAAGGCUGCUGGCGGACGUGGGGCGGUACGACCUCGGACGAAUCGAAUGUUUCCGCGUCGACAACGGCACAGAGUGGACCCGCGGCGAUUUCCGGCGCUUCUGCGACGACAACGGCAUCGGCGUCGAGUUCACCCCGCCCGGCGUCCCGCAGUACAACGGCGUCGUCGAGAGCGCCAUCUGGCGGAUCAUGAAGGCCGGCAUGGCCGCCCGCCGGAGCGCUGGCCGUGUGUUCCACGUCGGCUUCGCCUCCAUCCCCGGCCUCGACGAGCGUGGUGACCGUCUUUGGAUGGAAUCGGCGAAGUGGGCCGCCGACGCUCUCAACCAGUCGGCGACCAAGGCCAACCCCGGGCGGCGCUCGCCGCACGAGAUGUUCACCGGCGAGCAGGGGCCGUUCCGCGUGCUGCCGUUCUUCCAGCCCGGCUUCAUGCGCGAGGACCGCCGCACCAAGCUCGACGACCAGGCCACGCUCUGUUACUACCUGAACGGCGGCGACAACCACCCGAGCGGCACCGUCAAGGUCCUCAAGGCGUCCACCGGCCGCGUCGUCUACACCAACAACGUGUCGUGGGUGACGUCGGCGCCAGCCGGCGAGGGGGGUUCCGCUGGUAUCACCGCUGCGCCGACACCCCCCCCGUUCACGCCGCCGGUCGUCUCGAUCAACUUUGGCCCAGCACCGACGCCUUCGACCGCCACACCGCCACCGCCAGCGCCCACGCCGUCGCCCGCUCCCGCUCCCGCUGCCUCUUCGACCCCUGCCGCAACGCCGCCGCCAGCGACCACGCCGCCGCCCGCUCCCACGCCUUCACAGCCGCCCUCUGCCACUUCGCCGUCACCAUCGGCGACCCCCGCUCCUGGCAAUCCGUCCUCUGCCUCUCCGCCGUCACCGUCGGCGACCCCCGAUCCAGACCAGCCGCCGCCGCCGCCGGACCCCGCGAUGCCCCCGCUUACGGCUCACGCCAUGCGGCAGCUUCGCCCGGGUACAAAGGCCGAGGGUAUGACAGACCCGCGGCUGCCAAGCCGUACGAGAUCGGGCACGAGGCACAGCACAGGACUCAUCUCGAUGCUAGACAGGAAGUGCGAUGCUGGAGGCUUGGAGCGCGGUGGAUAA